AUGAAGUCUUUCUUCUGCUGCGUAAUUAUCGCUCUCACUGAGGUUGCAGGUGAAGGCAUCAACUUCGCCCCACCUGAGGCUGCUUUCCAGUCUGCAUCUAACGGGGUUGAUACGUUGGAAGGACAAGCCGGAGCUUACAAAAAUACUUCCGAUUACAGGAACUUUUCCGACCGUAGGAGGAAUUCAUACGACCACAAGAGUUCAUCCGAGUAUGAUGAGAUGCUCCCUGUUGACAUCGAAGACGACGGUGCAAAAAGUGUCCAGAGUUUCAUGGACGGAGACCACUAUGGGAAUACGGCAGUGACAGAUACGGCAGUGACAGAUACGGCAGCGACAGAUACGGGUCCCGAAGGAACGAGCAGUACGGAGAACAUGGUGGAGACCAUCAUGGUCACCACGGUGAUUACAGGCAUAACGACCAUCAUGGCCACCACGAAGGCCGGAAUAGCUACGAGGGUCGCAAUGGGGGCUUGA